CUAACGAUAGGGCCAAUCGAUAUUUCUAUAAAUAGCUAUUUUAGGAAAAGACAAGGGAUAAUCCUACUAUAACUAUCCAAUUCAUUCAGUAACAAAAUGGCGGAGGGUAACACCGACAUUAGUGUUAGUGAGCCUAAAAAGAUUGGAUUCUUCUCGUUAGAUAUUAAUGGAGUGUUUCUUAAUAAUGACAGCAAGAAGAAAACAUUCAUUGAACCUAAGCGUAAUUCUGAUGGUGUUCUUUUGAAACCUUUGGAUUUGAAAAAAGGAACAAUGACGAAAAAAAGAGAUGAAAAUAAGAAGCCAAAGCUCGACAACAUUCUUCAAUGGAUCAAGUUGCAUGGAAGAGAUAUGCAAACCGACUUCGUAUGCAAAAGGAGUUUGUUAAACAAGAUAAUGUCUACCCCAUAUGACGCCAAAAAGAAGUUGAGGAUCGACGUGACUCUUUACAAAGGCAUUUACUACCUUUGUAAUCGUCCAAAAGAAAAUAAGCCAGAACAGACGGAAUGCAGGGAGGAGGAAAAAUGGGGCUACAAGUUUGAGCAGUAUCUCACCGAAGAAUCCACAGAUCCCUUGUUGAUUCCAGACAUGGACUAUAACAGCUGUGAAGCCUUUUAUAAUGUGAUGAAAGUCCAGGUCGGCUCCCACAUACUAGUGUACUCUUGUGAGGUGGAUGCUGUAAGUACAGAUGAAUCUGGGGAGCAUAGCGUUGAGUUUAAAACAAUCAAACACUCCAAACUUGACGCCGAACGCAUAGCUACUUUUAAAAGGUACAACCUCCUGACGUGGUGGAUACAGAGUUUUCUAGGUGGUGUUCCCAAGAUUAUUUGUGGGUUUCGCGAUGAUAUUGAAAAACUAGAUACUGGAAUUGUAAUUAAGCUGAAGACAAAACAGACUGCAAAAAUACCAUUUGAAAGCGACAUCAAAUGGAAGACCAAUGAGUGUUUCGACUCUCUGAACGAGCUCCUUAAACACAUCAUAUCUAAUGUGAAAGAAGAUAAUCCAAGGCAACUUCUGGAGUAUCCAAACGAUAAAUAUACAGUCAGACAGCGUAAAUACUAUACAUGGCGUAACACCAGCUCCACAUACGAUUUCCUGCCUGAAUGGUAUACACUAUAGACUCGCCUUGAUUAUGAGGGUUUUGCAUUUGAUCCAGAUCAAACCGAUUCAAUGCAACGCAGUUGAUUUCGAUCAGAGCAGCUACAAAAUUGAAACUUCUUACACUAUGUUAAGACUUUAUAAAAUAUAUAUUGUUUAGGAAAUACGAAUUAUUUAGUUUAUAAUGUUCCUUGUUGCACCGUUGCUAUGCACGCACCUUAAUACACCGUUCAUGUAGUUUCAGCCCAAAUGCCGUUCGGCUCUAGUUUGACCAGCACAUAUUGAACAUAUUAUGUUUAUGUUUAAAAAUAUGAAAUAUCAAGGCAUCAGUAUUUUUUAAAGCAUUUUAAAUUUCAAAUAUUCACUAGCAUUUAUUUCUAAAUGUUUGAUAACUCCUCCUUCAAUCCUCUUGCGUAUGCUUCCUGUCAGAGAAGCAAUCAAAUCAUGGUCCAAACUAUCCCAGAAAUUCAUGCUUUAUGGCACCAAUGCUUGGCUUGUUUAUUCCUGGUUACAAUAAUUCCUUAUCAAUUCCAAAAAAAUCUCUAUAGGACUGUAGCUUGGCCACAACAUAUAUGUCAGCCUUUCUACCGUUAACCACGAUUGUAAUGUCAGUUUCAACAGUAAACCACUCACUGGUCAAGGACACACAGUACCCAAGUUCCCAGUACCAAAUCCUAAUUCACACAUGAAGGUCAUGAUUGCGUUUAAGACGCCGGUAAAAAGGGGAAGUCUUAUCAUUGAUCCAAUUAUCAUGCCAUUGACAUUUUCCAAACCACUAGAUUCUGUGCAAAAUACGCCAGUCGAAUCCCCUCUGUUUCUGUUUUGAUUUCAUGAUGGACGAUGGCGUUGUUCUUUUUUCUCCCAGGCGAUGUAAAUGGAGCUCCUUUCUCUGUUUCGUUGGAAACACAGUCCCCUGUUUAUCUUUUCAUCUCUCAUACUACGUGUGCUCCUUUUGUUGUCAAAGGUUACUAAACUUAAAACAUCGUCCACUUAGCAACUGUCAAGAUCUUUCAAGGCGUUAUUUCCUUGUCCAAUAGUUCUUCCAGGAUAGGGAAAGACUGUAGUAAUAGAAGUUGUGCGUGCUAGAAAUUAUUCCAUCAUUCAUUUUUAGUUCAUAAAAAUACAACUUUCUUUACUCAUUUGAGCUCAUUUUGAAACCUAGCGCUAAAUAUUGUCCCCUACAGUGAAACACAGAAGGAGAUCACUCUAAGUGAAUAUUGAAGAGUUUCCUUCCCUGGCAUUAAUUGAUAUUCGAUUUGGCUGGGGUGCUUGAUAGAUGUGUUGACUAAAGUUGAUGAUUUUUUUGUCAAACUAUAUGUUUCCCUUUAAUUUUAUCGGCGUGUUUUCGACAAUAAGUAUAUAACGGUCAUAAUGAAAACUGCCAUAAGGGACUUAAGAUUUAAACUGCACAUACAAUUACAAAUAUAAGGUGAAUGUCUUCUAUGAUAGGAAAUUUACUCGGCUAAACUUCUGGAACUGUUGUUGUUAUUUAAAACACGCCAUAAUUGUGUUAUUUGUGUUAGAAUUUGUUAGACUUGUAUAUUGUAAAAGCUUGUUUUAUUAGUUUUGUUUUUAUUUUACUGUAUGCUUUUGAUGUGCUGUGUUAUAUGUAUGCAGGUAGAUUCGCUUCAUAUAAAAAAUGUACAACACUUAGAUCCAAAUAUUUAAAUGAUACAGUCAUAUUCGUUGACAUGACUUUGUAAGAAAUGCAUUUUUACUUUUAGAGUGACACUCUUAUUCAAAAUCAAUACAUACACAUGUAUAACAAACAUCAAUUUUGACUGAUAAAUCUUUAACUACUUACUAAAUUAUGUAUUUAUAGGAACUUUUAAUUACUGAUUACAAAAUUGUAACCGUUUAUUUAAUAGCAGAACGCGCAAAAAAUUAUUGGUAACCGCUAAAAGAUUUACUAUAGUCUCGUAAGGUAGAAAUAGCGUGUUUUUGCUCAUUUCUUUCAGGUUAAACUUGGUGUCCUUCAUUAGAACCAUUGUUUUCGACAUUUAUUCAUCCUUUUUGGAAUAUUAAAACAAUGUUAUUAAUUGAGGUAAAUAUGAUCUGGGAGUAGAAGCAUCAUUAAUAUAGCUUUGUAUUUUCAUAAGCCUUUGGUUUAAAGUAAUCAACUCGUAUAACACCAAAAUCUGCAUUGAAGUGUCUAAAACAACAUGUUUAGAUAUUUUUGAAUUUCGUAUAUAAAUAUAUAUAAAAGCAA